AUAAAACCUUGUUUAGAUGUUGUUUAUUUGGGGAGGGGACAUGUUUACCCUUUUUGACACUUUUUUGUUUACUUGUGACUGCAUCUUUGCAGUAAUCCCACAAAGUAUGCAACGAGAUUUAAAAUUUCAAACUACUAAAAGGUAUGGCAGAAAGUAAGUUUCUCUUCCAUAUUGUGUACAAUUCAGCCACUGGUAAUUUUCUUGUGUAUCCUUUCAGAUGGUUUUUAUGUACAUUGCUAAGUGUGUGCAUAUCUUCCCUUUUAAAAAACAAUUGGGAUCAAUUCGUUCUGCGUCUCGUUUUAUUCACUUUUAUGUCUACAUGGGUACGAAAACAUCUGCCUGGCUCGUUCAUCCUCAGUGUAGUGCGGUCCCCUAGCAACUGUCCCCAUUUCUCAGACAAGGGCGCCUGGGACACCGCUCGUUGACUUAGCCAGGCUCAGUGAGACCAGGAAUUCGGGUCCGGCUCCUUCCAGGCGGGAGCCGUAGGCUGGACCGAGCGGGCGGCAGGAAGUGCCAGGCGCUGACUCGCGGGCUACACCCGCGUGGCUUGUGAACGCGGGGCAGACGCGGCACAGGCAGAGUUUGCGCCUCGCAGCCUGGGCUCCUCUCUACUGCGCGAGGGCGGCGGCUGGCGGCGCGAUGGACGUGGCUGGGCUCCUACUGGACGAAGAAGUCACCUUCUCCCUCACCGGCUUCCAGGACUUCACGUUCCUCCCAGGACACCAGAAGCUGAGCGCCCGGAUCCGAAGGAGACUUUACUAUGGCUGGGAUUGGGAAGCUGACUGUAGCCUGGAGGAGCUCUCCAGCCCAGUGGCAGACAUUGCUGUGGAACUGCUCCAGAAGGCAGCCCCCAGCCCUAUUCGCCGACUCCAGAAGAAAUAUGUAGCUCAUGUGUCCCGGGAAGCAUGCAUCUCCCCCUGUGCUAUGAUGCUAGCUCUGGUGUACAUUGAGCGGCUCCGGCACCGAAACCCAGACUACCUGCAGCAUGUGUCAUCCUCAGACUUGUUUCUGAUCUCCAUGAUGGUGGCCAGUAAGUACCUCUAUGAUGAAGGGGAGGAGGAGGAAGUCUUCAAUGAUGAAUGGGGAGCUGCUGGGGGAAUGGCUGUGCCUACUCUCAAUGCCUUGGAGAGGGGCUUCCUGAGUGCCAUGGAUUGGCGUCUCUACACUGACCCUCGGGAGAUCUUUGAGGUGCUCAGCUGGCUGGAGAGCUGUGUGGCUGAGCAGCAGGGACGGCGGCGGGGCUGGUAUACCUACACAGACCUGUGUGUGCUGUUGGAACAACCAACCUGGCAGUUGGCCCUGAGCUUGCUCUGCCAGAGGCUAGUAAAGCUGUCUUGCCUGUUAGCCGUGGCAUAUGUGAGCAGUGUGGCCCUGGCUGUGGCAUCAGUGGCUGUAAUACAUCAUCAGUCCUUGGGGCUGUCCUGCAGCCCUCCACCUGGCCCCCCUGAUCUUGGAGUGACCUCCCGGUGCCUCUUGGAGCCCUGCAUACCUUCUGUACCACAGUGCCUGCCAUCUCCUGCUAAUGUCUCCAGCUGCCCAAAAGGCCACAUAGGGCUGCGUUCACUCUGGGGCAGUCUUCUGGCCUCACUGACUCCCCCUCCGUUGCCUCCCCCAGAACCCCCUGCCCCUCCCACUCUUCUUCAUAACUGCCCCCUUUGCCAGAAGCUCCAGAGAGACUCUCCAACCUGCCGUGCCUGCCAUCACCCCAAUCAUACUGUCCCCACCGGACCUCCCAGCCCCUGGUACCACACCCAUGGCAUGGCUCCACCCUGGCCCUGGAGCUCUGUGCCCCCACCCCUACCCCAGCCCCAGCAGUGUUCCCUUUUUAGUGUCAUGGAGCUGGCCCGCCUCAAGUCUUUCAUUUUCCCGGGCUAGGCAGGGCUCCGAGGAAUGCAUUAAGAGGAUUUGGGAGUCCCUGAGAACCUGGAGGAGCAAAGCUUGAUUUAGAUGCUCUCUGCCUCUCUGGGUCCUUGGAGGGUCCCCUGUCCUUCUGGGUAGGAGCUUAAGGGGUGGUGUUGCAGAGGACUGAAGGUCUUUCACUCUCCUAGACCUCAGUGGCUGGCUGUUUGGCCAGGACAGUGAUGGUGCCAGGAAAGGCUUCUGCUCAGUGACCCAGGGGUGUAUCAUGAUGGACAUAGGAGAAGCCCCUGUCUCUGUCUCUUUUGGGCUCUUCUAGACUUUUGCUUUUGAGUUCCCUAGGAUGGAAGGGUAAAGAUAGGAGUUGGGGAAAGUGAGGUGAAGGGAGGAAGGAAACAUUGACAUGGCCUGUGUGAUGUCCCUGAGGCAGGAGAGCCAGGGACUGAUGGGAUCAAGGAGGGAGCUACUGAGGGAAGGCCAAGUGAGGUGGGAAAACUUGUUUGCUCCCAUUCCUUGAAUGUACUCUAAUGGAGCAAAACUGCUGGGGCCUUCAACCUUUACCUUUUGUCUUCCAACCUUUUCUUCUUAGUGCCCUGCUCCUAGGCUUCUCUCUCUUCUGGUUCCUCUCCUCUUCCCAGGCCUCUGGCCUCUGCUUUGUAUCUGGGUUUUUCACGCUUUUGUAGAACUGAGAUUUCAAUAAACAGUUUCAGUUGCA